AUGGCAGAUGGAAAUUGGAACAAUACUGAAAAUGGCGUAAAAUAUGAAAACGGUGAUUUGGAUGUCAAUGCACCGAAUCCAGUUAAUAUCCAUCCUAAAUUCAUGGGUGAUUAUCCACAACCAAAAUCAACAACAUCAAAAAUUCCUGAAAUGGAUCCAACUGCUGAAGCUACCAUUGAAUCAGUUGUGAUUAAUCAUCCACCUAAACCUCCUGGAACUGAAUUAGGACCUUGUUUUCAAUUUAUCUCGACUGAUUUAAAAAAAAUGUUGUGGAUCGGUAGCGCAUUAAUCUUUCGACAUGUUUCGUUUGAUCAACCGAAAAUAGAAUUUAUUUGUGAUACAAAAGUCGAUUAUAAAUGGGAAAUUUUAUAUGAAAAUCUUUUUAAUUUGCGUGCUUAUCGUGUCAAUCUUCUCAUUGAAUUACGUGCUGGUGAAGGUGACGAUAAAGUCAUUUGGAAAAUUGAUUGGGGCGAUAAAAAAACCGAUGGUUCGUUUAUUAUCGCGCGUUGUGAUCAGAAAUGGCGUGGGGGUUUCUUUUCAUGUAAUGGAUUUGGCGUCGCUGUUUCGAAACAAGUACCAUUAAACAUGACAUAUUCAAAUGUUUGGAAUCAUCUCCUUUCAGUUCAUGAAGAAACUCCAUUACACAUAUUAUUGUGGGGUGGUGAUCAAAAUUAUAUUGACUUUAUUUUUCAAGAUAUUCCAUAUCUUCGUGAGUGGGUUAAUAUGGAAUGGAAUGAGAAAUGGACUUGUGAUUUUCGAGUUGAUUUAAAAGAACAAGUCGAACAAUAUUAUUUCUAUGCUUAUGCAGAAAACUGGGAUUGUCGUCCCGAAAUGAAAAAAGCUCUAGCAUCAAUUCCGAGUUUAAUGAUGUGGGAUGAUCAUGAUAUCUUCGAUGGAGCUGGAACUUAUCCUCCAUUACUGCACGACAGUCCAAUGAUGAUGGGACUGUUUCUAGUGGCACAAAAAAUGCGACUUCUUUUUCAACAUCACACUGCAUUCGAGAAAGCUCGAGAACACCAACUGUUUGGAUAUCAAGCAUAUAAUUUCUUCGCUCGUUGUAGUCGAAAUUUAGCGAUCAUUGGCAUUGAUGGACGAUCUGAAAGAGAUAUACAAACUGUUCAACAUGAAAAAACUUGGGAUAUGAUUUUCGAUAAACUUGAAAAUGACCUUGAAGAUGUCGAACAUUUAAUCGUAUUAUUUCCCGUUCCAUUUUCGUUUAUUCGUAUUCAUAUCGCUGAAUCAAUUUUUGAACAUUUAAAAAAUCUUCCGAAUAAAUGUCGACAGCUUCCUUUUGUCAAACAAACUAAUUCAAUCUUCGGUUUACCUGAAGCUUACGAUGAUCUUCUCGAUGAAUGGACUCAUAGAGAUCACAUUGAAGAGCGAAAUCGUGCUCUUCUUCGUUUUCAACAAAUUUCCGAAAAGAAAAAAGUUCGAAUAACAUAUUUUAGUGGUGAUGUCCAUUGUUGUGCCAUUAGUAGAUUUCAAAGCAGAGGAUCUCAUCGGCCAUUACCGAUCAAUGAUGCUAAAUUAAUGUAUCAGAUUAUCUCAUCCGCUAUUGUCAAUCUGCCUCCAUCUGAAAUGGCUAUUCGAAUUGCUCAUUUAUUCAAAUCUAAAUGGACUCCAGUCGAUAAUACUGAAGAAGAAAUAAUUGAUUUUUUUGAACGAAAUCCAGAAAAUGGAAAAAAAUUCUUUUAUAAAAAGAUGCGUCCAAACCGAAAUUGGUGUUAUUUCGAACAGUGUUCAAAGAUACUAUCAUCGACUGUUACUAUCGUUCAAACACGAUGUCUUCAUUGUUUUCCAUCCAAAGAAAAUUUUGUUGAUCCAGUAUCCAAUCAAGAAGAUAAAGGUGGCCGACAACCUUCGAUUCAUUCACAUUCUAAUCGAGAUCUGCAUCCUGAACUGAUUCAAACUGAUCAACAACAGAUCGGAACUAACGAUUUGAGAAUUCGAUUGUGGUUGGAAGGCACCGAUAAACAUUGUGAUGGAACACAAUGUGUUAGUUAUGAUUUACUUAUUCCUAAUCUCAAAUAA